GGGCCUAGGAGAGAGUGUAUGAGUCUUUUCCUCUUCUACUUUACAUUUUGGGAAACUGGGGCAAAAAGGCACAAAUGGAGCCGGUCCGACUUUCCAGACCCACUUCACUAAUGUGCCCGCUUCUGCUUCUCCCUUCAAUUCUCCAGCUCCCUCUGGGCACACCCAUAUACCCUGCCUUCCCUCACCCUCUCCUGGGCCUCACCCCUCCUCCUCGGCUGGGCCUGGGCUCCCAGCCUCUCAUCCAACCACAGCUAUUUCCAGGAAGUGGGGUGUGUGAGUGGAGGGGGUUUCUCCAAACAAAUCCAAGACUUCUGAGUGAGAGGGGGCCAGGCUGGGGGAGCUGCUGACAGGCUCUGGAAUGUUCCAGGCUGGAGGAAAGUGAGGGUCCUAGGGGUCUGGCCCUACCUUCCCAAUCCUCUCCCAGUGACCUUACUUUCCCCUCAGAUACACAUUAAGAGACCAGCACUUUUCUGUCCCCAUCUUCUUCCCUCAGAUGCUCCACAGGGUGGGGAGGCACUCAAAGCCAUGCCAGUCCUGGCCCUGGCCCUGGCCAACCAACACAGGGGUUAGUGAGCCUCAGUCACUGCUUGGACACCUUGCUGUGCCUGGGUGGGGAGUGUCUGAGACCAGUGAGGGUCAGAGGAUAUUUGGGGACCUGUCCCAGGUGAGGGGGCCUGCCACGAGGGAACUGUCCAGCCCAUCUGGAGGCAGUAGGAAUAGAAAGAAAUAUGCUAAAGUGGUCCUAGUCAGGAGGGAACUAGGCAGAGGAAAACCCCCCACCACAGUGCUCCUCCUCCCUGAAGCAGGGCUGGGUGCUGGACCCAGCCAGGCCCAGUUGCCCACACUGGCCAGGGGCCUGGAAUGUCCUGGGACGCAUGCAGCCAGGGCUGGGAGGUUGGGAGUGGGUUGCAGAGCCAGUGCCCAUCUUCAGUUACAGGCUGGGGGUCCAUGCCUUGCUACACAGAUGCCACCCACUGGCCAAGGUACCCCGGGGACAGACUUCCUGGCCUGGAAAACUGGAGCUUCGAGGGAAAGGCCUCAGGCUAGGCCCAGCCCAGGCAGACCCAGGGAAAUGUCCUGGGUGGGCCCCCAGCCAGGGGCUCAUUCCAGAGACCACAGGAUUGGACCAGUCCAGAUGGGCAUGAGGGAGGGGGAGGUUAGUCAGAAGGGACCCAGUGGGAGAAGCCAGAGCUGGGGGAGUUGGGAGUUGCCUGAGCUGGGACAUUCAGUAAAUACCAUGCAAAUGAGGGAGGGGGCAUAUUUGCACAUUCUUGCAAAUGACAGCUCCUGCCAGUUUGAGAGGCUGCUGUCCAAGGCUUGGGGCUGUUGACUCCCAGGCCAUUAACCCCUUGUGUAUUUGGAGAUUACUCCCUCCUUCCCAAGGCCUUAUCCACCCCCUGCCCUGACUCCCAGGACAGGAAGUUGGCCAUGUUCCCAGGAGGGAGGCGGGAGGCCCAUUGAGGGGGAUGAGUAUGUGUUGGGAGGGGGGCCGCCUGUCAUCCUUAGGCCCUGGAACAGCAGCUAAGGAAAGAGAACAGAGCUAGGAGAGCCACGAAGGUAGUACUCAGGCUUUGGGGGCAUGGUGGAGAGAGAGCCCAGCACUGAGGGCCUGGAACCUGGGGUGGAAGGCCUAAGAUGCAGGGUUCGAAGGACAGGUUAGAGUUCUGUGAGGUAGGCCUGAAACAGAGCCAUAGGUGAGUGGGGGAUGGUGUCCCAAGCAGAGCAGCUAGGGGCUGUCAGGAGAAGGGGCUCAAAUGCCUGGGAUUGUGACAGGAAAAUGGAUCAUUACUGUGGGCAAAGUGGUCUUUAGGCUGGAACUUGGCCUGGCAGUGGGUAUGGCGGGUGGAUGGUGCAUGUCUUCCUUUUCCUACUUCACAACCAGGGAAACUGAGGCAGGAAGCUGGCCUGCAACUACAUUUUCCCUGACCCUAAGAAGCCUCAGGAUGCACUCUAGAUCCUGGGCGGGCGGGGACAGUGGUUCCCAGCCCCUCCUCCCCACCGGAAGUCCUGAGAGGGCCUGAGAGUUCAGGCUGGGAGGCUGGCGGGGACACAGUGUUCCCCACUGGCCCUUGAGCCCUGCCCUGAGACCUAAAUUCCCACCCUGCACCCGUCCCACCCCACAGGGGCUGGAUCUCAGGACUCGGGAUCCCUGCAGAUCCCUGGACAGGGUGGAUCCCUGCAACACCUUACGCGAAGACCAGUAGCUCCAAAGCCAGGGGGACCAAAGCAUCCUGGGCUGACACUCCCAGCAGGGUAGAUCCUGGGAAUCUGAUCUCCUGGCCUCCCCCACAUCCUCCCCCCCCCCACUUCCUGGAGCAGCGACCUGCCCCCUUCCCGCCUGCACUCCCCUCCACUUCCAGGGCCAGGCUUCUCCUCUCACCAGCCAGACAGCCUCCCCUCCGCCCAGGGGAAGCAGCUGCCUCAGCCAGGCCGCUUCCAGGAAGCCCCAGCAUUGUUCAGGCCUCUCGGCCAGCACCCAGGCCAGCCAGACACCAUGAAGUCCAGCGGCCCCGUGGAGAGGCUGCUCAGAGCCCUGGGGAGGAGGGACAGCAGCCGGGCAGCCAGCAGGCCUAGGAAAGCUGAGCCACAUAGCUUCCGGGAGAAGGUUUUCCGGAAGAAACCACCAGUCUGUGCAGUAUGUAAGGUGACCAUCGAUGGGACAGGUGUCUCGUGCAGAGUCUGCAAGGUGGCGACACACAGAAAAUGUGAAGCAAAGGUGACUUCAUCCUGUCAGGCCUUGCCUCCGGCAGAGCUGCGGCGGAACACGGCCCCAGUCAGGCGCAUAGAGCACCUGGGAUCCACCAAGUCUCUGAACCACUCAAGGCAGCGCAGCACUCUGCCCAGGAGCUUCAGUCUGGACCCGCUUAUGGAGCGGCGCUGGGACUUGGACCUCACCUACGUGACGGAGCGGAUCCUGGCCGCCGCCUUCCCGGCGCGGCCAGACGAGCAGCGACACCGGGGCCACCUGCGCGAGCUAGCCCACGUGCUGCAAUCCAAGCACCGCGACAAGUACCUGCUCUUCAACCUUUCAGAGAAAAGACAUGACCUAACCCGCCUAAAUCCCAAGGUCCAGGACUUCGGCUGGCCAGAGCUGCACGCCCCGCCCCUGGACAAGCUGUGCUCAAUUUGCAAGGCCAUGGAGACAUGGCUCAGUGCUGACCCGCAGCAUGUGGUAGUACUGUACUGCAAGGGGAGCAAGGGCAAGCUUGGGGUCAUCGUCUCUGCAUACAUGCACUACAGCAAGAUCUCCGCGGGGGCAGACCAGGCGCUAGCUACACUUACCAUGCGGAAGUUCUGUGAGGACAAGGUGGCUGCGGAACUGCAGCCCUCCCAGCGCAGAUACAUCAGCUACUUCAGUGGUCUGCUGUCUGGCUCCAUCAGAAUGAACAGCAGCCCUCUCUUCCUACACUAUGUGCUUGUGCCCAUGCUGCCAGCCUUUGAACCCAGCAUAGGCUUCCAGCCCUUCCUCAAGAUUUACCAGUCUAUGCAGCUUGUCUACACAUCUGGAGUCUACUGCAUCGCAGGCCCUGGUCCCCAGCAGCUUUGCAUCAGCCUGGAGCCAGCCCUCCUCCUCAAAGGCGACGUCAUGGUGACAUGCUAUCACAAGAGUGGCCGGGGCACUGACCGAACCCUUGUGUUCCGAGUCCAGUUCCACACAUGCACCAUCCAUGGACCACUUCUCACCUUCAGUAAGGACCAACUGGAUGAGGCCUGGACUGACGAGAGGUUCCCCUUCCAAGCCUCAGUGGAGUUUGUCUUCUCCUCUAGCCCCGAGAAGAUCAAAGGCAGCACCCCACGGAAUGACCCCUCUGUCUCUGUUGACUACAACACUGCAGAGCCCGCCGUCCGUUGGGACUCUUACGAGAACUUCAACCAGCACCACGAGGACAGUGUGGACGGCUCCCUGACCCACACCCGGGGUCCCCUGGAUGGCAGCCCCUAUGCUCAGGUGCAGCGGGCCCCCCGGCAGACCCCACCUGCACCCUCUCCAGAGCCACCUCCACCCCCCAUGCUCUCUGUCAGCAGUGACUCUGGCCAUUCAUCCACACUGACCACAGAACCUGCUGCUGAGUCCCCAGGCCGGCCACCCCCAACGGCUGCUGAGCGGCAGGAGCUGGAUCGUCUUUUGGGAGGCUGUGGAUUGGCUAGUGGAGGCCGGGGAGCUGGGCGUGAGACAGCCAUCCUAGAUGACGAGGAGCAGGCCCCCUCGGGCGGAGGCCCCCAUCUCGGGAUGUUUUCAGGCCACAGGCCUGGCCUCAGCCGCCACUGCUCCUGCCGCCAGGGGUACCGGGAACCCUGUGGGACUUCCAAUGGGGGCUACUACCGGCCGGAGGGAACCCUGGAGAGGCGGCGACUGGCCUUUGGGGGCUAUGAGGGGCCCCCCCAGGGCUAUGCCGAGGCCUCUGUGGAGAAGAGGCGCCUCUGCCGGUCGCUGUCUGAGGGUCCAUACCCGUACCAGCCUGAGCUGGGCAAACCAGCCAAUUCGGACUUUGGCUACCGUACCCCAGGCUACCGGGAGGUGGUGAUCCUGGAGGACCCUGGACUGCCUGUCUUAUGCCCAUGCCCAGCCUGUGAGGAGAAGCUGGCAUUGCCCACAACAGCACUGUAUGGGCUGCGGCUGGAGAGGGAAGCUGGAGAGGGGUGGGCGGGUGAGGCUGGCAAGCCUCUCAUGCACCCAGUGCGGCCAGGGCACCCCCUGCCCCUGCUAGUGCCUGCCUGUGGGCAUCACCAUGCCCCAAUGCCCGACUACAGCUGCCUGAAGCCUCCCAAGGCAGGUGAAGAGGGGCAUGAGAGCUGCUCCUACACCCUGUGCCCAGAAGGCAGGUAUGCACAUCCAGGGUACCCUGCGCUGGUGGCAUAUGGCUAUGGAGGAGCAGUUCCCAGUUACUGCCCAGCAUAUGGCCGGGUGCCUCGCAGCUGUGGGUCUCCAGAUGAGGGCAGAGGGUAUCCCACCCCUGGUGCCCACUCCCCACGGGCUGGCUCCAUUUCCCCGGGAAGCCCAUCCUACCCACAGUCCAGGAAGCUGAGCUACGAGAUCCCUGCAGAGGAGGGAGGGGACAGGUAUCCCCUGCCCGGACACCUGGCCCCAGCUGGCCCUUUGGCAUCUGCAGAGUCCCCUGAGCCAGUCUCCUGGAGAGACAGCCCGAGUGGGCAGAGCAUGCUACCUCGGUCUCCCCGAGAUGCCCAGUGCAGUGCCCCCUCAGAGUUGUCUGCUCCCUCCACGCCGCUGCACACCAGCAGCCCAGUCCAGGGCAAGGAAAGCACUCAAUGCCAGGACACCAGGUCCCCCACUUUGGCGCCCACUCAGAGACUGAGUCCUGGUGAGGCCUUACCCCCUGCAUCCCAGGAAGGCACUGAAAAGCCUCCUGACCUGCCAGCAAGAAGUGGGCCUGAGCCUCCAGCCCCUGGCCCCUUCUCCCCAACCUCUCCUCCCAGCUCACCCAGUGACUGGCCUCAGGAAAGGAGCCCAGGGGUCCGUACAGACAGUGCCAGUCCACGGGGCCCGGUGCCCACCACACUGCCCGGCCUCCGCCACGCACCCUGGCAGGGUCCUCGAGGCCCCCCAGACAGCCCAGAUGGGUCCCCCCUCACCCCUGUGCCUGCCCAGAUGCCCUGGCUUAUGGCCAGCCCAGAACCGCCUCAGAGUUCACCCACACCUGCCUUCCCCUUGGCUGCAACCUAUGACACCAAUGGCCCUGCCCAGCCCCCACUUCCUGAGAAACGCCACCUGCUGGGGCCUGGGCAGCAGCCAGGGCCCUGGGGCCCAGAGCGGGCCUCACCACCAGCCAGAGGCACCAGUCACCAUGUCACCUUCGCACCUCUGCUCCCGGAUAACACCCCCCACCUCACAGAGUCCUCUGCACAAGAGAACCAAAGCAAUGUCAAGUUUGUCCAGGAUACAUCCAAGUUCUGGUACAAACCACACCUCUCCCGCGACCAAGCCAUCACCCUGCUGAAGGACAAGGAGCCUGGGGCCUUUCUGAUCAGGGACAGUCAUUCAUUCCAAGGGGCUUAUGGACUGGCCCUCAAGGUGGCUACACCUCCACCCAGUGCACAGCCUUGGAAAGGGGACCCCUUGGAACAGCUGGUCCGCCAUUUCCUCAUUGAGACUGGGCCUAAAGGGGUGAAGAUCAAGGGCUGUCCCAGUGAACCCCACUUUGGUAGCCUGUCCGCCCUGGUCUCCCAACACUCCAUCUCCCCCAUCUCCCUGCCCUGCUGCCUGCGCAUUCCCAGUAAAGAUCCUCUGGAAGAGACAACUGAGGCUCCAGUGCCCACCAAUAUGAGCACGGCAGCAGACCUCCUGCGUCAGGGCGCUGCCUGCAGUGUGCUUUACCUGACUUCAGUGGAGACGGAGUCACUGACAGGCCCCCAAGCCGUGGCCCGGGCCAGCUCUGCAGCUCUGAGCUGCAGCCCCCGCCCUACGCCAGCCGUUGUCCACUUCAAGGUCUCAGCCCAGGGCAUUACGCUGACAGACAACCAAAGGAAGCUCUUCUUUCGCCGUCAUUAUCCAGUGAACAGCAUCACCUUCUCCAGCACUGACCCUCAGGACCGGAGAUGGACCAACCCAGAUGGGACCACCUCCAGGAUCUUUGGUUUCGUGGCCAAGAAGCCGGGGAGCCCCUGGGAGAAUGUGUGUCACCUCUUCACAGAGCUUGACCCAGAUCAGCCUGCAGGCGCCAUUGUCACCUUCAUCACCAAAGUUCUACUUGGCCAGAGAAAGUGAAGGGAGGCCACAAGCUCAGAGCCCACAUCAACACUACAUCCCCUUCUGGCACCCCACAGCCCUCACUUCCUCCUGGGUCCCCAGGAGACCCAACAGCCAGCCCCCUCCCUUAGGAAUGGGGAGUGGGCAUCAGCCUGGCACACUGCUCUCCUUCCCAACCCCAGCCUGCUAAGCUAAGUGACGGGCCCAUGAGAUGACCUUGCAGGUGAGCAGAUGGCAGAGGUGUGCGUGUGAGGGUGAGGAAGCAUCAGAAGUUGACCGCUGGCGGAGAUCAGGACAGCCAAGAACAUCAGCCUUGGAGGGGAAACAGACCCUGCUAGCUCCACACAGCUGCAGGUCCCAGCAUGGCAGGGAUAGGGGAGAGGGGUAGGGAGAAGUCGCUCCCUCCUCGGCCUCCCCCUCUGAGCAGAGAGACCAGAGUGGGAUCACAUGAAGAGGGGGGAAAAAAGAGUCUAUUUUUGUCUAAUAAUAAAGAAUUUCUAUCAAUUUUA